AUGGAAGUCAUUGCACGGAUGAGCCAGUACAAGCAAGGCGAUAUGCUCGCAUCAGCUGUACCAUCAGCCCCUCUCCAUGACAAGUCACUCAUCCGGGGACAUUCUGCGGCCUAUGAACAAUAUCUCCUCCUUAGCAUAUGUCAUCCUUCUCCACAGUACACUCUACAACCACUGUCAUCGCCAAUGUCCCAAGUCUUUUGCUUGUGCACGAUUCUAGUCCAGCCCCUUGAUGCUUUAUGCGGGCUGCUAGAUGGCACAAAUCGCCUUGCGGGAAUUCUGGCUCAGCAGCUAACAAUGCAAAAUGCGGGCAUUGACCACUGGGAAUAG